AUGAGCGUCACUACCACCGUGGUCAAAGGGCCUUUAAAUCUCGUCAACCCACCCUCGAUAGUCACCACAAACCCAAUCCUCUCAUGGUACGCUAAAUAUGCAGUGGACUACAGCAUCGCCAAAACCACCACACCCCCGACCAAAUACUAUGCCUCUAACGCGACCCUGGUGAACACUGAUCGGUCUAUCAUCUCUGGAGCCGCAGAAAUUUGGGACUACUAUAUCGAGCUCUACGGACAAUUCGAGCGUUGUGCCCAUGACCUGAUUUCAAUCUCUGUUUUGAGUGACGAAACGUCUGGCAAGCAUACCAUGAUUGUGCAAACUACGAACAAUUUACAUCUCAAAGAUGGAAAGGGAAUAGUCCCUCUGCCCCAAGCUUUUGUCUAUGAGAUUGCCGAAGCUGAGGAGGGAGCUGGCAUGGAUGACCUGCAGAUCUGGGAAGUAAAAUGUUACUUUGACAAGGGAUUGCUUGAGAGGGCGGCCAGCACCUAA